GGUGGACGGUUCCGGUGAAUAUGAAUGGCAGCGUUUAUUGUUCGGCGUUCUCGCUCUACGGUGGCAGUAACUUUGGGAGUCACAACUCAAGACAAAGUGGAUUUUAAAGUUCCCAGAGUAACACCAGGCUGGUAAGAGUAGUCUUUUUCAAGAAAGUCAGACAACGGCGAGUGUGUAGUUUGGAGUUUUUCGUCGCCUUUCAAGGACGUUUUCUCCCCGACGGCCGAGCUGCGGUGUGUUGUCGUUCACAGCUGGGAUUUAAACGGUUAAUUUCCUUUAGCACGGCCAGCUAGCUUAUUUGCAUUUAAAAGCCGAGAGGGGAGAUUCCAUCGACUCUCUUGUUCUCUGGAUUCCAAAUUUCAGCUGUCUAGCCCCCCAACAAGUCCAGACAGCUUGACUGCACCAGGACGAUCCGGGCAAGUGAGGCCGUGUGAGGCUGGGGAUGGAGAAGGAGGAUCCCGACUCGGCCGUCUUCGGCUCCUUGAAGGAGGAAGUGCACUACUGGAAGGAGCAGGCUGCCAAGCACCAGCAGAAUGCGGAGGAGGCUCGUGAGGAGCUUCAGGAGUUCCAGCAAAUGAGUCACGACUACGAGGCCGAACUGGAAGCGGAGCUCAAAGCUUACGAGAAGCGCAAUCGCGAACUGCUGGCCGCCAACAACCGCUUGCGAAUGGACCUGGAGAACUAUAAGGAGAAGUACGGCACGCAGCACUCGGAGGCGUAUCGCCAGAUGUCGACGUUAGAGGGCGAGCUGGCCGAGGCCACCUCCAUCCGAGACCACUUGCACAAGUACAUCAGGGAGCUCGAACAGGCUAACGACGACCUGGAGCGAGCCAAGAGGGCCACCAUCAUGUCGCUGGAAGAUUUUGAGCUGCGCAUGAACCAGGCCAUCGAGAGGAACGCCUUCCUGGAGAGCGAGCUCGACGACAAAGAGAACCUUCUGGAGUCUGUGCAGAGGCUCAAGGACGAGGCCAGAGACCUGCGGCAGGAGCUGGCAGUGCGGCAGAAGCAGCACACAACCAAUGGUCCCACGGAACCUACGUCUUCAUCAUCGCCAUUGUCAACAUCUUUGGCCCCCGCCCCGGCCCCACUCCCCACACCGCCCCUCACGCCUCCAGACAAAACGUCCGCCAGCACAGCCGUCAGAGCGCCCGCCGCCAAAGCCCAAAUGCCGUCCGUCAACACGGGUGACGUUGGCGUGUCAGCGAGUUUGCUGACGACAUCCGCAAGGAUUUCGGCCCUCAACAUCGUCAGCGAGCUGCUCAGGAAAGUUGGGAAUCUGGAGUCCAAGCUGGCGUCGUACGUCCACGAGCAACCGGCCAGCCACAGGCUAUCCGUCAACAAGAUUCCCGAGACGCCGCCAUCCAACGGACUCUACCACAAAGCUGAGCUGGUCAAAAGGUUGGACUUCGGAGCGGGAGCCAAACUGCUGUUGUGAGACGCCAGAGAGACUUCAGAACACUCGCUCGCGUCUUUUCUGCCGUGUGUGAGACACAACAAAACGUCCGGUGCCACUCACACUUCAUUCACUUGCUCACUUUUUUUUUUUUGGGUGUGACACUGUUCUGAUGGUAUUGUUUUUCGAGAAACAAUUGCUUCGUUAUUUGGAACUACCUUAAGAUUAAGGUUUUUUUUUUCUCCCAGCCCCAGUCUUUUUUUGGGGGGUGGAAUUACAUAUUUUUAUAGAUAAAAACUAAAAUAAAAAAUGUUUUUCAACCAAUAAAUAACAAUUUUUUCAAGAAAAUUGCACUUUCUUGAAAAAGUCCCUUUUUUGGGAUUAAAUUGAAUUAAAACAGGCAGAAUAUAAAAAUAAAGGCAUAGUUAUUUUUUUUGGCCAUUGC